AUGUAUCUUCGAUAUGUUUCUUUGAAUCUAAAAUCAAUUGUUUUUCCUCGUUUACAAAUCGUUAAUAAAUUUAUCUCUCGUACAUUAUCAAAUCAGUCUAAAACUAAAAUCGAUUUAUCUCAACUAAUAAAAUCCGCGAAUGAAAAUAAUAAUGAUGAAAUUGAUAUGAAUGAAACAAAAGCUGAACAAAAAGCGCCUGAAAAAAUUGAAUCAAAUCGAUUAUCAUUUGUUGAAAAAUUUCUUAAAAAUGUUUUCUCAUAUCAAAUCAAUUCAAUUGCAAUUCUUAUUGUUGCUGGUAUUGGUUAUGUCAUGUAUGAGCAAGUUAAAAAUGAUUAUGAAAUAAAAUCUACAUUCCGACAUGGUUCAUGUCCUAAUUUUAAAUUUAAAGAAGAACAAUUACUUGAAAGAAAAUCAUUAUUAAAUUCUCUUAUAACUAUUCUUACACCUGUUGCUGAUAAACUUGUUUCAUCAUAUUAUAUUGUACUUGGUGAACAUGGAGUUGGAAAAUCUACAUUAAUUCGACAAGCAGCACGAGAAGUUGGUCGAGGUGUUAUUUAUGUCUAUGUUCCAUCUAAUGUCGAGAAAUUUGGUACGGCUUUUGCUCGUGCGAUAAAUUUUGAUUUUAAAGAACAUAUUCGUCUAUCGACAUGGAUCGAAUCGACAAUGUUUGGUGCGCCACCUGAUGAUGGAAAAGAAGAAAGUUGGGAACGUGUAUUAAUAAUAUUUGAAAAAUAUGCAAUUGAUUUUAAAAAAAAAUAUGGUUGUGUACCUGUAUUAAUCUUUGAUAAUUGUGAUAUGCUUGCAGAAAAAAAUCCAGAAAUGCUUGAAAUAUUACAAGAUACAGCUAAAACUGCUAUUGAUGAUUCAUCAUGGAUUACUGUAUUUAUUAUGUCAGUUGGAGUUCCAUUUGAACAGAUGGAAGGUCGAAGUAGUAUCACACGAGCAUCAUCAUUUCUUGAAAUAUCUGAUCUCUCAGAAGAAGAAUCAAUGACUUAUUUGAUAGAAAAAAGAAAUCUCUCUCAAGAAAUGGCCAAAGAUCUUUACAAUCUAUUUGGAGGACGUAUAAAAAGUUUACAAAGUGCAGCAUCAAAACUAGAAAGUGGUGUAUCCUUUCGUACUAUACGUAAAUCAAUUUUACAAGAUAUAGCACGUCGAAUUGAAAAGAUUAGAUGUCGAGUAACUAUUCAAGAACAAACAUUCUUGUUUAAUGUUCUUUGUAUUUUAUUAUAUCAACCUGAAAUAACAAUUGAUGAAUUAAUUGAAAUUGAAAAAGAUGUUACUGUAAGACAAAAAAUUUUAAAUGAACUUCGUGAUGAAACAAUUCUUAUAAGAUCUGUUUCAACAGGUUCAUAUAUAUAUCAUAGCCAAAGUAUAAGAGUAUGCGUUGAAGAAUAUUAUAAAGAUAAAUGUUGA